UGUGGAGGUUUAAAGAAAAUCUUAUUGUCGACGACGGUCGGCUGGAGCGCACUUUUAUUCGUUUUAAAAAACUGGCGUAACAAUUUCGGCGCACCUGUCCGGAUCGUGCACAACAAAGACCGAUCAGCUGAUGCGCGGCAGCGCGCGUGCGGAGCCGCAGCUGCGCCGCCGCACGGAGCGUUUGGACGGUUUCGCUUCCUAACAGCCGGACAGUUGGGGUCGUUAAAAACAGUGGCACGUGCCGUACGCGCGAACAGUCUGCGUUAUUUUUGGGAUCGAGAGCCGUACGGGAGAGUCCUCGAUCUCAGGCCUGCGCUGCUCCUUUGUCGAACGGAUCCCGGAUCGGACUGGUUUGAUCGUUUGAUGGUGAACGGACUCGUGUGCGUGCGCGCGUUCGAUGCGUCCUUAAAAAGAAUCGGACAGUCAUCAUGUGGGUCAGUCCGGAAGAUGUGCUGCUGGCGGGCGCGCUGUGGAUCACCGAACGAGCCAAUCCCUACUUCAUCCUACAGAAACGCAAAGGUCACGGGGACGGAGGCGGCGGGCUGGCGGGUCUGCUGGUGGGAACUCUGGAUGUUGUCCUGGACUCCAGUGCUCGAAUGGCACCUUACAGGAUCCUGUACCAAACCCCGGACUCUUUAAGUUACUGGAUCAUUGCUCAUGGAACAUCCCGGAAGGAGAUCACAGAGCACUGGGAGUGGCUGGAACACAACCUGCUGAGACUAUCUCCCAUCUUUGAGAAUGAGAAUGACAUUACCACAUUUGUCAAAGGAAAGGUCCAGGGCAUUAUUGCCGAGUACAGCAAGAACCAGGAUGUGAAAGAGGACGACGACACAAACAAGUUCAAGGAGGCCAGCGCCAAGUUCCGGAAACUGUUUGGGAUGCCGGAGGAAGAGAAACUAGUCAACUAUUAUUCGUGCAGUUAUUGGAAGGGGAAGGUUCCGCGGCAGGGGUGGCUCUACCUCAGCAUCAAUCACCUCUGCUUCUACUCCUACUUACUUGGAAAAGAAGCAAAACUGGUGGUGCGUUGGGCAGACAUCACACAACUAGAGAAGAGCGACACCAUCCUUUUACCUGAUGUGAUCAAAGUCAACACCCGCGCCAGCGAGCAGGUAUUCUCCGUCUUCCUCAACAUUAAUGAGACGUUUAAGCUUGCUGAGCAGCUAGCUAACAUCGCCAUGCGCCAGCUCUUGGACAACAAAGGCUGACAGGACCGCUCACUGCCCAAACUCAAGAGGAAGUCUCCUAAGAAGGUGUCAGCACUCAAGAGGGAUUUGGAUGCAAGAGCUAAAAGUGAGCGUUACCGGGCGCUGUUCCGUGCCAAAGAUGAAAAACUGGAUGGACACACUGACUGCACCCUGUGGACUCCCUUUAAACAAGAUGCACAUCCUGGGCCAGAUGUUGUUUCCACCAACUAUAUCUGCUUCACCAGCAAGGAAGAGACGACGUGUAGCCUCAUUAUCCCACUGCGCGAGGUGACCAUCGUGGAGAAGGCAGACAGCUCCAGCGUGCUGCCCAGCCCGCUGUCCAUCAGUACCAAGAAUCGCAUGACCUUCCUGUUUGCUAACUUAAAGGUCAGAGACUUCCUGGUGCAGAGGAUCUCAGACUUCCUGCAGCAGACCACCUCCAAGAUCCACCUUGAGAGAGAACUUACCAGCAGCCUGAACAGCUCAGAUGAUGAGUAUGGAUCCCUGCUCUCCAGUAGCCCACAGCACAGUUUGGGUUCAGAGGGUGAGCGUCAGUUCAACUUGAAUGACAGCAGCGUGCCCACUGCUACACAGGCCCUGAUGACCAUGUACCGGCCGUCGCUCCCCCGAAGAGUUCAACCUAAACUGGCCAAGGAGUUUCUGAAGGAGCAAGCCUGGAAAAACCACUUCACCGAGUUUGGAGAGGGCGUGUGCAUGUACCGUACUGAGAAGACCAAGGAGCUUGUCCUCAAGGGGAUUCCUGAGGGCAUGAGAGGCGAGCUCUGGCUCCUCUUCUCUGGGGCAGUCAAUGAGAUGGCCACCCAUCCUGGUUACUAUGAAGACCUGGUGGAGAAGUCCAUGGGCAAGUACAACCUGGCAACAGAAGAGAUUGAGAGGGACCUGCACCGCUCUCUCCCUGAGCACCCGGCCUUUCAGAACGAGAUGGGUAUUGCUGCCCUCCGCAGGGUCCUGACUGCCUAUGCUUUCAGAAAUCCCAACAUUGGAUACUGUCAGGCCAUGAAUAUCGUGACAUCAGUUCUACUGCUCUAUGCUAAAGAAGAGGAGGCCUUUUGGUUGCUGGUGGCACUCUGUGAGAGGAUGCUGCCUGACUACUACAACACAAGGGUCGUAGGAGCCUUAGUCGACCAGGGGGUAUUUGAGGAGCUGGCCCGGGAAUACGUCCCUCAACUGUACGACUGUAUGCAGGACCUUGGCGUCAUCUCUACUAUAUCACUGUCCUGGUUCCUCACCCUCUUCCUGUCCGUCAUGCCAUUUGAGAGCGCGGUGGUGGUGGUGGAUUGUUUCUUUAUGAUGGCUAAAGUCAUCUUCCAGCUAGCCCUGGCCGUGUUGCACGCCAACAUCCACCAGCUGUUAGGCUGUAAGGACGAUGGAGAGGCCAUGACCGUACUGGGCAGGUACCUGGACAGCGUGACCAAUAAGGACAGUACACUCCCUCCCAUCCCUCACCUGCACUCCUUACUGACAGACAAUGGAGAUCCACAUCCAGAGGUCGACAUCUUCAACCUGGUCCGCAGCUGCUACGAGAAGUUUGGUUCCAUCCGUGCAGACGUGAUUGAACAGAUGCGUUUUAAACAAAGACUGAGGGUCAUCCAGACAAUUGAAGACACAAUUAAACGCAACGUGGUCAGAACUAUUGUAACAGAGACUCCCUUCAGUAUUGAUGAAUUGGAGGAACUCUACAUCCUCUUCAAGACUGAGCACCUGACCAGCUGCUACUGGGGCGGUAGCAGUAACUCCACAGAGCGCCACGACCCCAGCCUGCCCUACCUGGAACAAUACCGCAUCGAUAUAGAGCAGUUCAAGGGUCUGUUCAACCUGUUGUUCCCCUGGGCCAACGGAGCCCACUCAGAUCCUCUGGCCGUGCGCUUCUUCCAUCUCCUUGACCAAAAUGGGGAUGCCCUCAUCAACUUCCGCGAGUUCAUCAGCGGCUUGAGUGUUCUGUGCCAUGGUGAUCUCACAGAGAAACUCAAGCUCCUGUACAAGAUGCACGUUUUACCUGAGAUCAUUCAUGAACAGGAAGAGCCUGAUUCUGCUUUUGAGGCCACCCAGUAUUUCUUUGAAGACAUCACUCCAGAAACUUCCCAUGGACACGACUCAAAGUGCAGGACUGAGAAAGACGACGGGUUCGUCAGAGUUACAUUUAAGACUGAGAAAGUGAAGAAGCUCAACACCCAUGAUUACCGCCAGUACCUCAAACUGUGGAACCAGGACACCAAACCGAAACUAGAAAACACAAAAGACCUCCCCAAACUCAAUCAGAGCCAGUUUAUCGAGCUUUGCAAGACGCUGUACAGCAUGUUCAGUGAGGACACCGCAGAGCAGGAGCUCUAUCACGCCACAGCCACCGUUACCAGUUUGCUGCUAGAAAUGGGAGAGGUGGGCAAACUAUUCUCCUCUGGAAGGAAAGAUCUCAGCCAAGAGGGUAAGCUGGAGCCAAACCAGCAUGUGUACACAAGAGAGGCCACAGAGGCCAAAUCCACCCCGGAACCCCUGUUCCAGCAGAGGGAGACAUUUGUUCCUGGACUUUUUACAAGCAAGUCCAGCCACUGUGAUGAAGGCAAAGUGGAUGAAGAGUCUGAGCAGAUGCCUCCUAUGCAGGACAUCAAGCUGGAGGACUCGUCCCCUAAAGACACAGUGACGUCAUCCGCCAUGCUCAUUUCCGACGAUGAAACCAAAGACGACACUUCCAUGUCGUCCUAUUCGGUGCUCAGUGCCGGUUCGCAUGAGCUGGACGAAAAGCUGCAGUGCGAGGACAUUGCGGAAGACACGGUGCUGGUGCGCUGCGACAGUGGGUCCAACGGCGACCGGCCCAAAGGACCCCACGCUGUGGGGCUGCCUCACAGCACUAGCAUCGAUAAAGACUGGGCCAUCACUUUCGAGCAGUUCCUGGCCUCUGUGCUGACCGAGCAGGUGCUGGUGCAAUAUUUUGAGAAGCCUGUAGAUGUGGCAGCUUGUAUAAUCAAUGCCAAAAAUGUGCGCAAAGUCGGGCGCCCUCUACUUUCCGCAAGUGAUUACGAGAUCUCGUUGUCGGGCUGAGGGCGUAAAAGGAUUUAAACACAUUGACUUUUUAAAAGGGAAACAAAUGAUUUUUAGAGGACAAAGAAGAUCUUUGAUGAACUGACUGUUCGCGUGGUGUGAAUGUGACCAAAACCUGCUCUUGGCAUCAUAUUUCUUUCCAAAUGUGAAUUAGAAUGAUGACUAGAUCCUGUCUGCCUACGAGGGAACAGAAUGUUAAAAUGAUUUGCUCAUCAACGCGUCCAUGUAGUAGCUGUACUCUGUGAAACGUUAUGCAUAGGUGUUACGAUUGUAAUCUCUACUACACUUAGAAUAUGUAGGUGUAAAGUUCCAAACUGCAGUAUUAUAGUCUAUGUGUGAACAAUCACCUAACAUUUUAUGUGGUCCUUACAUUUGCUGCUAAGCCUCUCUCUCUAUUUUUUUUUUUUGUUUUUGUUAGUUUUUUAUCAAAGGUGAAAUGAUAAUGCUGUGAAGAUUCAGUUAGCGACAUGAACUAUGGUUUGUUGUUAUUUUUUCGUUUUCCCUUUCGGCCUAGCAUAUUCUUAUGUAUAAACUCUUCCCUUUCUGGAAGUGUGUGUCUUAAGAAAUUGUGGUUAACGCAAUAACGAUGGAGAGUUGUCUGAAGGUUGUGCACAUUUUAAAUAUUUAAAAAGUUUACAUCACCAAUGAUUCAUUAAUACAUAUUUGCAUUCCUCGUGCAGUGGCAAUCAGCUACGCUCCUAAAUCAAAUGUUUGCUUUAUUGUUGUUUUUGAUUGCUUAUGUUUUUGUUCUAUAAAUAUUUACAUUUCUGUUUUAAAGUUUUUAUGUUUUAGAGAUUAAAGCAGGGGAACUAACCUCUGUCACAACAGUAUAUAAACUAGUAAAACACGCCUUCGGUUAACGUAGU